GCGACUCUCGCGAGAACCGUGGGCUCCGCCCAGCCUCCCGGCGACGCCCUUGCCGCCAUGUUGCUUGUGGGCAGGUGCCUGAUGCUGACGGCUGGAGAACCCUGCUCUGCGGUCCUGCGGUUCUCAGUCUCAGACUUCGUCAUCCUGGUCUGCAUGACUUUCUGAGAUUCCGAGUUUCCGUCCCCAGCUCUUGCAUUUGGAGGAGACCAGACUCUGGCUCCGCCCGGGGUCCCGGGCCGUGCCCGGUGGUCUGCGACCCGGUGUCCAUGACCAAGCCAAGCCCUACGAGUGAUCUGCCUGCCUUCAGAUCCACCCGAGGGAAGGAGUGGUGACCUGUCCACCCACAAAGCAGAGUCCUGGAGAUUACUCCAGGGGGAGAAAGAAAGAUGCCGCUCUUCUUCCGGAAGCGGAAACCCAGUGAGGAGGCUCGGAAGCGCCUGGAGUAUCAGAUGUGUCUGGCAAAAGAAGCUGGGGCUGAUGACGUUCUUGACAUCUCUAAAUGUGAGCUCUCAGAGAUUCCAUUUGGGGCUUUUGCAACAUGCAAAGUUCUACAGAAGAAGGUGUUGAUUGUCCAUACGAAUCAUCUCACUUCCCUGCUCCCUAAAUCCUGCAGCCUACUGAAUCUCAUAACCAUCAAGGUUCUGGAUCUUCACAAUAAUCAUCUGUCAGCUCUUCCUGAUGACAUAGGGCAGCUGACUGCCCUGCAGGUAUUGAAUGUGGAGAAGAAUCAACUGACGUAUCUCCCACGUUCCAUUGGGAACCUGAUCCAGCUUCAGACCCUCAGUAUAAAAGAUAACAAGCUGAAGGAGCUUCCAGACACCGUGGGGGAACUUCGAAGCUUACGUACUCUUGACAUCAGCGAUAAUGAGAUUCAGAGGUUGCCACAGCUGCUGGCGCAUGUUCGAACCCUGGAAACGCUGAACCUCGACGCCUCGUCCAUGGUUUACCCCCCACAGGAGGUAUGCAGUGCCGGCACCCAGGCCAUUCAGCAGUUCCUCUGCAAAGAGUCCGGGCUGGAAUACUACCCUCCUUCUCAGUACUUGCUGCCAGUCCUGGAGCAGGACGGAGCCAAUACCUCCCGGGAUAGCCCUGACGGUCCCACGGACAGAUUCUCCAGGGAGGAGGUAGAGUGGCAGAAUAGGUUCUCAGACUACGAGAAGAAGAAGGAACAGAAGAUGCUGGAGAAACUUGAGUUUGAACGGCGCUUGGAACUUGGGCAGCGAGAGCAUGCGCAGCUCCUUCAGCAGAGCAACAGUCAGAAGGAUGAGAUCCUCCAGACAGUAAAGGAGGAGCAGUCCCGGCUGGAGCAGGGCCUAAGUGAGCGCCAGCGCUACCUGGACGCAGAGCGGCAGCGGCUGCAGGAGCAGCUGAAGCAGACGGAGCAGAACAUCUCCAACCGGAUCCAGAAGCUCCUGCAAGAGAACCAGAGGCAAAAGAAAAGUUCUGAGAUCUUGAAGUCACUGGAAAAUGAAAGAAUAAGGAUGGAACAGUUGAUGUCCAUAACCCAGGAGGAGACUGAGAACCUGCGGAGACGUGAGAUUGCCUCCGCCAUGCAGCAGAUGCUGACAGAGAGUUGCAAGAACCGGCUCAUCCAGAUGGCCUACGAGUCUCAGAGGCAGAGCCUGGUCCAUCAGGCCUGUUCCAGCAUGGCCGAAAUGGAUGAGCGGUUCCAGCAGAUUCUGUCAUGGCAGCAGAUGGAUCAGAACAAAGCCAUCAGCCAGAUCCUACAGGAGAGCGCCAUGCAGAAGGCCGCAUUUGAGGCUCUCCAGGUGAAGAAAGACCUGAUGCACCAGCAGAUCAGGAAGCAGAUUAAGUUAAUAGAAACUGAGUUAUUGCAGCUGACACAGCUGGAGGUAAAGAGGAAAUCCCUGGACACAGAGGCACUGCAGGAGAUGAUCUCCGAGCAGCGCUGGGCCCUGAGCUCCCUGCUCCAGCAGCUCCUCAAGGAAAAGACGCGACGAGAGGAAGAGCUCCGAGAAAUCCUAACAGAGUUAGAAGCCAAAAGCGAAACCAAACAGGAAAAUUACUGGCUGAUUCAGUAUCAACGGCUUUUGAACCAGAAGCCCUUGUCUUUAAAGCUGCAGGAAGAAGGCUUGGAGCGCCAGCUGGCAGCCCUCCUGGUGGAUCUGUCGGCGGAACACUACCUGCCCAUCUUUGCCCAUCACCGCAUCUCCCUGGAUAUGCUGAGCCGGAUGAGCCCUGGAGACCUGGCCAAGGUGGGCGUCUCAGAAGCUGGCCUGCAGCAUGAGAUCCUGCGGAAAGUCCAGGAGCUGCUGGAUGCAGCCAGGAUCCAGCCAGAGCUGCUGAACCCACACAAGGGUGAAGUCCUUGGGGCCCUGGAGGUGCCCACUGCCCCUGAGGAGCUUCCUGAGUCUGUGAGCCCCUCUGCUCCCCCAGCAGAGCUGGAGGUACAGACAUCAGAAUGUGUCGUGUGCCUGGAACAGGAGGCCCAGAUGAUCUUCCUCAACUGUGGCCACGUCUGCUGCUGCCAACAGUGCUGCCAGCCACUGCGUACCUGCCCACUGUGCCGCCAGGAGAUCACGCAGCGCCUCCGGAUCUACCACAGCAGCUGAGCCCUGGCCAUCUGUGGCCCACCCCUGCACCACCUGCGGCCCGGGGCUCCAGCCGACUCCCCUGCUCUGGACAAACUAGUACAGUGCCCCUCUGCCCUGGGCCCCUUUCUCUCAUGGGGGUGCUGCCCCCUGCUCUUCAUCUCCAAGCACACCUGGGUGGGGGAGGGAAGGGAGGGGCACAGUGUUCCUGGCCCAUGACACUGCUCAUUAAGGGCUGUGGGGAAAACAGGACUCGGCAUGAGGACUGGGUCUGGGGUUUGGAGAAUCAGUGGUGCCACCAUCUGAGCACAGGACCCCGUGUCCCGGCCUCUGCCACUUCCCAGCAGUCUGACCGUGUCAGGUCACUGCCCUCCAAGAGCCUCAGCAGCCUCAUCAGGGUAACAUGAAUAGUGCUGUCCCCUUGAUGGGGGGUGGGAGUGCAGGAGGGCCCUGGCCAAGAGUGUGGAGCUGUGUAUGGUGUCAACCACGACCACCGUGGGCUGUCCUCAGAUCAACUUGCCAGUGUGUGUUGAGUGCAGGCCUAAUGCCACAAGCAACGUUGGCCCCUCCUGACCUCCCGCUCUGGGCCCCUCUGCUCUCCAGAUCUGCACCUCCUAACCACCACCACCACCCUGCCCCCACCGUAGUUCGCAGGCGACAAGCUUUGCUGACCCAAAGCAGUAUUGUCAAUAAAUCCACCUCCAGCCUGA